AUGUACGCUGGUGUCGGCUCGAUAGAGCAAGUCUUCUGGCUUGACUCUUAUGCAUGGACGUUCCUUAUCCUUCGGACACCCGAGGUGUAUCGAAAGCUCAAGAAGGAGGUGUCGACCGCAUGGCUACAACUGGACCAACCUCCGAAAUUGGCUGACCUGGAAAAAUUACUAUAUCUUAAUGCGGUUAUCAAGGAAUCACUUUGUGCCGGUGGUGGCACUACUUCUCCGCUUAGCCGCGUGGUACCCCAAGGCGGUGCCACUAUUUGGGGAUGCUUUGUUCCCGGCGGGACUGUGGUUGGUUUCAGCAGCCACUUUGUUCACCAUGCGGUCGAUGCCUUUGAGCAAGCCGACAAGUUCAUACCUGAGCGAUGGCUCAACGGUGACAGUGCAGGAAACGAGAAAUUCUUUGUACCAUUUGGCCGAGGGCUGCGACGCUUCGCCUGGGUGAUUUUGAGAACCUGUGUGGCACAUGUAUUUCGCAAGUUUGAUCUAGAAAUUGACCCGUCGAGUCCGCUCGAACUUAACUAG